GCGGCGUGUGCGGGGGUGGGUGUGGAAGAGAGGUGGGCAAAUAGCGAUGACCUUUGCGAAGAGCCCGUGAGGGAGCGGGUCAGAGGCAGAGCGAGCGGCGGAGGAUGGUGGCUGAGAGCCGGAGGACAGCCGCCCCGUGAUGUCACCAUGAUGUCUCACAUAAAUGAAAUGUGGUGCUGUCACUGGAAAUGGAAGCUGCAUCACUGUCUCUACUUGUUUAUCCUGUAUAUUAUAUGCAUGCAGCAAGCAGCUCAUGGAUGCUACAACUGUAGGACUGUGCUAACUGACCCCUCUGGAGUUUUCACUUCUCCAUGCUAUCCAAAUGAUUAUCCCAACAGCCAAGCUUGUAAAUGGAUCAUCCGAGCACCUCAUGGAUUCAUUAUACAGCUAACAUUCAGUGAUUUUGACAUUGAAGAAGCACCGGGCUGCAUUUAUGACUCAUUGACAUUGGACAAUGGAGAGAGCCCAAUGAACCUUUGUGGCAUCACUGCCAAGGGAUUGUCAUAUAAUUCUACUGGAAAUGAAAUGAUUGUGUCUUUUAAAAGCGACUUCAGUAUCCAAAAGAAAGGUUUUAAUGCCAGCUAUGUACGAAUUGCUGUGUCUCUGAGGAAUCAGAAGGUCAUCAUUCCCCAGGAUCCCGACACUGAUGCUGUAUCUGUGGCAGAAACAGUCUUGGUUCCAGAGCUCAGCCAGUUCACACUAUGCUUUGAAGCAACCAAGAGCGGCAGUGAUGACAAUGAUGACUGGAAGAUUUUCUCUUAUACUGAUGCAUCAUCAAAAGAAUUUUUCGGCUUUGGGAAGACCACAAAAGGCCAUUUUCUGUCCAUCUCAGGCACACAGUGCAUACUGGACAACGCAUUGCCUCAAAAUGUGGAGUUUUUCACAGGAACAUUUGAACAGCUUUGUGUCAUAGGGGAUAGUUUCUCGGGCACUAUUGGUGUAUACGCCAAAAACAUCUAUCGUAAUACAUACUGUCCAGAUAUGUUUGGCAAAGUUAUCCCUGGAAAUGGGAGGCUUGUGCUGGGCUCUAACAGCAAUGAAGUGAGCUCUCUAAAUGGGGACGUUUACAACUUCCGCCUCUGGAAUUUCACCAUGAAUGCUCAAACACUAGCCAACCUCAGCUGCGAUGUGAAAGGAAACAUUGUAGACUGGGAAAAUGAAUUCUGGAGUAUUCCAACUUCAGCACUGAAGGCAGAAAACAAUUUGAGUUGUGGCUCAUACCUAAUUCCUUCUUCUACAAUUGAACCAACAAGUUGUGCAAACCUAGGAAGCCUUUGUCAAGCUACUGUAAAUGCUACUACUCCUACACCACCCACUGUCACCACUAACAUGCCUGAUACUAAUAGAACCGAUAAGCCAAACAAUGGUGGGCUAUUCUACAGGAUAUCUAUAACUGUCUUUAGUUACAACUCCAACUCAGAAUCAAAAGUACAUGAUGUGGUUGCAGAAUGGCUAAACCAUACUUUCCAGAACUGGAAUUACACUGUAUAUGUGGUCAAUAUCAGCAUCCAACCUGGUACCAUAAAAGAGGCAGUAAGAGAAAAAAGAAGCAUCGAUAGUAAACGUUUUGAGGUUCUAGCCCUUCUGGUUUAUAAUGCUACCAACAACAUAAAUUUAGAAGAGCAAGACAUCCGACAAAAGCUCAUAAGUAAUAAUGAGUCCAUAGCAGAGGGAUAUAGGCUUCAUACAGUGGAAGUUGAUCCAGUGGAGAAAUGUUUAGCUGAAGAAAACCCUCCUAACUAUUUUUGGCCAGACACCAGACCAACAGUUACCAACUUUACAUUUUGCCAUGGGAGUUCAGUUCAGAUUGCAUCAAGAACCUGCUAUUUGGGUCUGCAGAAUUACACAUCAUACUGGGGCCAACCAGAUCUUAGAAAUUGCACAGAAAAUGCAGCUGAUAUUGCCAAUCAGCUUUUGAAUCUCACUGGUGAAGGGCAGCAGCUUACCUCAGACAAAGUAAACGAUGUUGUCCAGAAACUCAAAAAAAUUGUGAAUGAUGAAGAAAUUGAUGAAUCUCUGGGUUCUACUGUGGUGACAAUUUUUUCCAAUAUUCUGAACAGUUCAGACAGUGUAUUGGCAGCAUCAUCUUCAGAAGCUCUUAAAACUAUUGAUGCCUUGGCUUUAAAGAUCCAGUUCACAGGACCAUCCAUGAGUAUUUCAACACGCAAUCUUGCACUUGGAGUGUCUUCUGUAAAUUCAACUUCAUUCAAAGGUUCUUCUUUCAGUGUCAGUCCACAGAAUAAUGCAUCUGAUUUCCAGAUAGACUUUGACAAGGAUCAGACAAACGCCAUUGCUUCUGUCAUUCUGCCACCAAGUUUACUGAAGAAUUUAAGUCAAGAUGACAUUGAAGUUAUAUCAAGGGCUCAAUUUACUUUCUUCAAUAAAAAUGGUCUUUUUCAGGAUGCAGAAACUCCUGGAAACUUGACCAGUUUUGUGGUGGCAUGCAGUAUUGGAAACAUAACUAUUCGAGAUCUUCAGGAAUAUGUGAAGAUUACAAUUAAACAUACCAAAAUUCAAGAAGAUCCUAAGCCAACCUGUGUCUUCUGGGAUAUGGCCAAAAAUGGUGGCAAUGGUGGCUGGAACCCUAUGGGCUGCGAAGUGCAAGCAGACUCCAAUGAAAAUGAAACAGUUUGCUUAUGCAACCACCUCACACACUUUGGGGUACUCAUGGACCUUCAGGGAACCACUACAGAAAUAGACCCGCAGAAUACCAAGAUCCUCACUUUCAUCACUUACAUAGGCUGUGGGAUAUCUGCUAUAUUUUCAGCUGCAACUCUUCUGACAUACAUUGCAUUUGAGAAGCUAAGAAGAGAUUAUCCUUCCAAAAUCCUAAUGAAUUUGAGCACAGCUCUGCUCUUUCUGAACUUGACUUUCUUGCUUGAUGGUUGGAUUGCAUCGUUUGACAUAGAUGGCCUCUGCAUAGCCAUUGCUGUACUUUUACACUAUUUUCUUUUGGCCACCUUUACAUGGAUGGGACUAGAAGCCGUUCAUAUGUACAUCGCUCUAGUGAAAGUGUUCAACACCUACAUACGGAGAUACAUACUCAAGUUCUGCAUCAUUGGCUGGGGUUUGCCAGCUCUAGUGAUAGCAAUUGUUUUAGCGAGCACAAAUAAAAAUGCAAGUCACGUUUAUGGCAAAGAAUUGUAUGGCAGAGAUGCUACUGGGCAAGGAGACGACUUCUGUUGGAUCAAGAAUAAGGUUGUCUUUUAUGUGACUGGUGCCGGAUACUUUGGAAUCAUGUUUCUCUUGAAUGUUGCCAUGUUUGUAGUAGUGAUGGUGCAGAUCUGUGGGAGGAAUGGGAAAAGAACUAAUCGAACUCUAAAGGAAGAGAUCCUGAGGAAUCUCCGUAGUGUGGUCAGCCUGACCUUCCUCUUGGGCAUGACAUGGGGCUUUGCCUUUUUCGCCUGGGGUCCCUUGACUCUGCCCUUCUUAUACCUCUUUUCCAUUUUCAAUUCACUACAAGGUUUAUUUAUAUUUGUAUUCCACUGUGCAAUGAAAGAAAACGUGCAGAAACAAUGGAGGAGACAUCUAUGUUGCGGCAGAUUCCGACUGGCAGACAAUUCAGAUUGGAGCAAAACAGCAACAAAUAUCAUAAAGAAGAGUUCUGAUAAUCUUGGGAAAUCCCUAUCAUCUAGUUCCAUUGGCUCCAAUUCAACGUACUUAACAUCCAAAUCCAAAUCUACAACAAAUACAUACUGCAAACGAAGUAGCCAUACAGAGAAUAUUUUUGUUGACAAGUCAUCUUCAAAAUUUGCCCAAGAGGACGGAGAGCAGACAUCAAUCAUCCCUGUCCACCAGGUUAUUGACAAGGUCAAGGGAUACUGCAAUCCUCACUCUGAUAACUUUUAUAAAAAUAUCAUCAUGUCUGACACAUUCAGUCACAGCACAAAGUUUUAAAUGGACUUCUGAAUUCUUCAAACUAAAUGAAGCCAAAAAAUCUGCCCAGAAUGAAGAAUACUGAAUACCAUACAAUGUGAUCUGCCCAGUUAACUUUUCCAGUUUAUGUUACCUUAUAAACAGAUUCCACUUGUGGACCAAUUUCUCUACCUUAUUCCUAUUGUAGGAAAGGACAAUUUUCUGCCAUGAUAUUGAGCUGUUUUACAGAGUGUGCCCACCAACAUGGCACCAGGACAGCUAAUCAUAAUCCUGUGUAAAUAUUUUUUUUUAAGACAGAAGAAGAGCCAUAAGCAUAACUCCAAAUGAUACAGUCUGAACAGAAACAUAUCCUGACUCCUGGAGAAAAUAGCAGACGUCAUACAGACAAGCUCUUACCUAAUAGUAUACUUAUGUUCUAUUUCUUUUGAAAAACAUGAAUUUUCCUACAGCACUUGUUAGAUUCUCCUUAUUUUCUCCUUACUGACUGUCUGGUGCUUCCUGUUUUUUCAUUGUUUUUUUGUUUGGAUUUUUUUUUUUUUUUUUUUUUUUUUUGGUAAGUGAAUAAAACACUAAGACCAGUCUUAUAGGGAUUUUUAAAAAACAUUUCUUUACUGAAUAGACCUAGUUCUGUAAAUUCAGGCUACUCUGAAAACAAAUACAUAUAAACACUUUUACUACAUAGAUCUGCUGGGUGAGGAAGACCUGUAGGCUGUUAGUAAACCUUCUGCAAAUUUUAAGCCUAUGAGAUAUGUAUGGCAGCAUACAUCUGCAUUGGUGCAGAACAAGGUAAAUCCAAAGUUUACACAAAAUCAUUUUUCAAUGUUUAUUGAUCAGCAUGUAGGAAAAGCAGUAUCUCCCAUUGCAACUUUUAUUAUGCAAUGUUUGUACCAGUGUGUGCAGUCUUAUUUUUUGCUAAACAAAACAGAAAAAGCUAUACAUAAAUGUAUAAAUACAUAUUUAGAUUUCUUUCCACACAUACUUUUAUAAUAUGCACCCAGUCAAUAUUACAGAGGAAACAGUGUGUACUACAGACAAUCUAAGAAAGGCAAACAGUGGUAAACUUGAAUACGCUUAAUACUCUGUGAUCCCUUAGGUUCAUUUGCCAGUCUCUCUACUUCAGAUAUGCUGUAUGUAUAGGCAUCUCCAUCAGAUGGCUUUGCAACAUUAGCAUAACCUGAGUUACAUUUACCAGUAAUAAAUACAUGACAUCAUUCUGGGCACAUGACGCAGUCAGUAUCAGUAUCCCUCUCCUGCCCCUGCAUUGGCUGACUGGCUUGAAGUUGUUGGAGGCACAAAUUUUGAAGUGUUGAGGCAACAAGAAGGAAUUUUGGCAUUGCUGUACUGUGUACGUCAUUACACUGAUCUCACUAUAUGUGCAGACAACAGACAAGAGCAUAAAAUGCUUACUUGUUUUAAGGUAUAUAGAUUUGUGACAUGUUAGCUUGUGAACACGUCUGCCAAAAGUACAUGAAGCAUGUCUCACUCCUUGCCAGGUGUUGUAAAAGUUGUUAUUGCACAUGUCACAGAAAGAAUGGGCCAGAACUUCAAAGGUGUUCUCAAUUACUGAUUUCAGAGGAGAAUGUCUCCUAGUGGAAACUAACUUUCUUUCUUUCUUUCUUUCUUUCUUUCUUUCUUUCUUUCUUUCUUUCUUUCUUUCUUUCUUUCUUUCUUUCUUUCUUUCUUUCUUUCUUUCUUUCUUUCUUUCUUUCUUUCUUUCUUUCUUUCUUUCUUUCUUUCUUUCUUUCUUUCUUUCUUUCUUUCUUUCUUUCUUUCUUUCUUUCUUUCUUUCUUCUCUCUCUCUCUUUCUCUCUCUCUUUCUCUCUCUCUUUCUCUUUCUUUCUCUCUUUCUCUCUCUUUCUCUCUUUCUCUCUUUCUCUCUUUCUCUCUCUCUUCCUUCCUUCCUUCCUUCCUUCCUUCCUUCCUUCCUUCCUUCCUUCCUUCCUUCCUUCCUUCCUUCCUUCCUUCCUUCCUUCCUUCCUUCCUUCCUUCCUUCCUUCCUUCCUUCCUUCCUUCCUUUCUGUUUUUGUUUUUUUGUUUGAUUGUUUUAAUAUAUAUAUAUAUAUAAAGACUUCUUUUUACCAAUGUAUUUUUAGGCAAAUACUUAUUUAGCUGCAUUGGGAAAAUGACAGAAAGUCACUCUGUAAGAUGUUCUGUUGCUAAGCAGGUGAAUACUCAGCGAUUAGGGAUGUGAAUUUGUGCUUCUCUCUGCUCUUUGCACGCAUCUUUGUGUGCAGAGAUCUUUUAAUGCUGUGACCGCACAAAUGGAGUAUUUUCCCUGGCUGCAAACACCUUGCAGGAGGAGUAUGUCCUAACUGUAUUCUGUCCAGAAACACUGCUGUUGCUACACACACCUUAACAAAACCUCAGUCUCCUAACUGCAAACAUUUACUUACAUGGUGGUAUGAAUGAAAGUCGACCUUAUACACUUAACAUGUAAUUAUUAGUAAGGAUGAAUGUGUCAGAUAUCUUUGAAAGAGGAAAUUAUGUAGGAAGAGAUUAUGUACAAGCAUUUACUGAAUUUAUAUAUCAUCCCAUUUGCUUAACUACUGUAGGUAAUAGUGUUCACAUAUCAGCUUACUGUGAGAUUUCUACCUGAUUAAGGUGUUCAGAAGUGAAAAGAAGGAAAAUAAAACGUUCCUGAAAAAUAAAAAAUGAGGAAUAAUAAAAAACAAUGGAUUAGUAAAAUAUAAUAAGAAACCAAUAUCCUGACUGAACUCUAAUCUAACUAUCAGUUUAAUGUACAGCUACUAUAUUUUUUUUCUGAAAUAAGAUUUUCUCUUUUCUUUUACUACCAUGUAGUAAUCUUAAACUAUCUGUGUCAGUUAGAUGCUCUGGAAUGCUCCCAGUUCAAUGUAAAACUUCUACUUUGUAGUUGACAUACUGUAACCUCCCUUGUACAUAUUUAUUUAUUUGUGAGGUUAAAAAUGUCAAAUAUACUUAGCUCUGUUACAUCUGUUAUUGUUUAGCUUCUGCUUCACCAUAGAGAAAGAGUGAAAUAAUAAUUUCUUUUAUUUUUUUCCAAACAUUUUGUGAAAAAAUUACUGUAGUUCUGUAUGAGGAAACAUCAACAUAAUUUGUAAUACUAGUCAGUGGAAUAUAGUGUAACAGUUUUGAAGAUGGACUAAAGUGGAAAGAAACAUUUUCAAGUAAACAUUCUUGAUGUUAGUGUACCAAAUAAUUAAAGUUUUCUUUUAGUAAUGAAUGAUUGAAUUUUUUUCUUUUUUCUUUUUGUUUUCUUUUUUUUUAAUGUUUAAUGGCAAAAAUUACUCAGUGGAAUUCUGAAAAAUAAUCUUGUGUUUAUUAAACACGUGAGAUAGAUGCAUGUCUAGCCAAAAUGUGGAAAAUAAA